CGUAGUCACAAUGAGUACUCUUUCUUGUUAUGACGGAAGUAGUCGGUGUGGGUUUGACACGUCACGGACGGACGAGGUUACUGAAUGAAAGAUGGCGAGCACCUAUAAGAGUUUUAACUUGCGCACCACAGCUGAUAAAUUUUACAUCGAGGCUUGUGACGAUGGAUCUGUGGACGUGUUGGCCAUCGAUAGGGUGUCAACUGAGAUGACGCUCACAGUUAAGAGGGACAUUCCUGCAUCUGCUGAGACCAGACCAAUAUGUGGACUCAUGGGGACCAUACGCUUGGUGGCAGGUAUGUACCUGAUCAUCAUCACUAAGAAGAAGAAGGUGGGGGACCUCCUGGGCCAUGCUGUAUGGAAGGCUCUGGACUUUGACAUAAUCUCCUAUAAGAAGACAAUACUGCACCUAACAGACAGCCAGAUGCUAGACAACAAGAGCUAUUUGUCAAUGAUCAACAACGUCCUACACACAGACAGCUUCUACUUUGCAACAGACUACGACUUGACCCACACUCUGCAACGUCUGGCCAACACCAGUCCUGAAUUUCACGAGAUGAGCCUUCUUGAAAGGGCAGAUCAACGUUUUGUCUGGAAUGGCUACCUGUUGAGGGAAUUUAUUACACAGCCUGAGUUACACAAGUUUGUGUACCCAGUUGUCCAUGGAUUCAUCACAAUGAAGUCAAGCUGCAUCAAUGGGAAAUUUUUUGACUGGAGUAUCAUCUCCAGAAGGAGCUGUUUCAGGGCUGGUGUCCGCUACUAUGUCCGAGGCAUUGAUUCAGAGGGCCAUGCUGCUAAUUACGUGGAGACCGAGCAGAUAGUGCAGUACAACAGUGCCAAGGCUUCCUUUGUUCAGACAAGAGGCUCAAUACCCUUUUACUGGUCCCAAAGGCCCAACCUCAAGUACAAGCCAAGGCCACAGAUCAGCAAAACAGUCAACCACCUGGAUGGAUUUCAGAGACACUUCGAUUCACAGAUAAUUCUUUAUGGGAAGCAAGUCAUUUUGAAUCUGAUCAACCAGAAAGGCUCAGAAAAUCCACUUGAGAAGACUUUUGAAAAGAUGGUGGGCAGCUUAGGAAACGGCACCAUCAAGUACAUAGCGUUUGACUUCCACAAAGAGUGCAGUCGGAUGAGGUGGCAUCGUCUGCACAUCCUGUUGGACAUGGUUGCUGAAAUCCAGGAGGAAUUUGGGUACUUCCUGGUGGAUUCAGAUGGCAAGGUACAGUUAAACCAAGAGGGGACGUUUCGGAGCAACUGCAUGGACUGUUUGGACCGUACCAAUGUCAUUCAGAGCCUGCUGGCCAGACGCUCACUUCAAGCACAGCUGCGGAAAAUGGACAUCCUCCACAUGAACCAGCCCAUUGAGGAUCAAGCAGACUUUGAGAAAAUGUACAAAAAUGCUUGGGCUGACAACGCAGAUGCAUGUGCUAAACAAUAUGCAGGCACUGGAGCAUUGAAGACCGACUUCACCAGAACAGGCAAGAGAACUCAAUGGGGGCUGCUGAUGGACGGCUGGAACUCCAUGAUUCGAUAUUAUAAAAACAACUUUUCUGAUGGAUUUAGACAGGACUCUAUAGAUCUAUUUCUUGGUAACUUUGCUGUGGAUGAAGCUGAUUUGACUACACCACUGCGUGACCCCAAAGACUGGAAAUUUCUGACGUUGCCUAUCAUCAUGGUGGUCGCAUUCUCUAUGUGUAUUAUCUGCUUGCUAAUGGCUGGUGACACAUGGACGGAGACUCUAGCUUAUGUCCUGUUCUGGGGAACGGCCAGCGUGGUUACAUGUGGUCUCAUCCUCUUCAAUGGACGUGACUUCGUCGAUGCUCCAAAGCUGGUCCAGAAAGAAAAGAUGGACUGAAUGUGUGCGUGUGGAAAGCAGCUCCGCCCUAGCGAGCUCACCACCUCAUCCUCAGCCUUUUCAUCGCUUUAUCCCCAGCAGCAACAUCAUCAGGCAUGGAGCCUUUACUAGUACACAGGGGAGAGUUGAGGAUGUCGGUGAGCCAGCAGGGCCGCCUCUUGCAAGACAAGGCACGCAAAACUGUCUGCAUGGACCUGCUGCUAUCCACACGGCUCUAACACAGAGACAGGACAGUCUGGCACAGGCUGACAUGUACGCUGAACUUAGCUCUUAUUCAAUGUUGUCACUGUACCUGUUUUUAGAAGACAAUUGUGGGAUUUAUAUAAAAUGUCACUUUUGCCCCACUCAUUGGGAUCAAA